GCAGCAAUCACGGCGCUGCUCCGGUCUUCAUUCACCUGCGGAUGGAUACCGUUUUUAUUCAAAGUGAAAGGAGUGGAGGGGGAUAUUCACCUGUAGACUUUGGCGCUCUUUCAAAUGGACUUUACCUGCAGGAUUACAGCGAUUUAUUUCAUCUGAGACUGAAUUACAAAGCACCUGGGUUUACUCAGAAAGUUAAAAUCAAAUCCAAAGCUGGCGAAUUGGAUUAGUGCACCAGUUUAACGCCCUUUUUUCAGAUUAAUGUCUGUUUCUGAACCACGUGAAGGUUGAAUAGGUGACUCUGUCGCUUUCAUUAAGCACGUGAACACGCUUACCUGCUACCGGCUUUAACGGCGGAUGAACAGGCGUUAAAUCACGGAUAUAUUUGCCUCUUUUAAACUUUUAACGACUGUUUACCUGCAGCAAACUUCCCUCAAAGACUGUCAGGAUAAGAAGGCAACACAAGGACUAAGAAUCCUCACAUUUUCGUCGAUAAAAACUGUUUUUUUGGACGUUUUAUUUCCAGAAAACGGAUUUAACGGCCACUGCCAAAGUGACGGAUCUCCGCUCGCGCUGCUCACUCGCUGCCAGGGAGGGCACGCGCCGGGCGUGUUUUCGCGGGCAUGGGUGCGAUGCUAGCUAGUUUACCGGUACUACGUCUCCCUUUAACUACAGGAAAACUAGCAAACAACAUGAAGAGGAAACCAGACAACCACUGAGUUAACGGGAUAAAUAAUUCAGUGGUGGAAGUGGACGACCUGCUAGGAAAGGAUGGCCUGUUGGAAAGAGGGCUCCGCUCUCCUGCUGGUUUCGCUGUUUCUGCUCGAUCUGCAUCCGGCCUGUGGGCAUUUGUCCCGACACCGCAGCCUGAGGAAACCUCGGGGGCAUCAUGACCAUCGGCCUAAACACAACAUCACGCUGGCGGUCAUUCUACCACAGAACAACACGGAUUACCCUUGGGCUUGGCCUCGCAUCGGCCCCGCCUUGGAACGGGCCAUCAGGAUUGUCAACGACGACCCCACCCUGCUGCCUGACCACCAUGUAGUCUACGCCUUCAAGGACAGCGAGAACAACAACAGCAUCUGCUCCGAGUCUGUGGCCCCGCUCAUGGCUGUUGACCUGAAGUUCGCCUACGAUCCCUGGGCGUUCAUCGGGCCUGGCUGUUCAUACACCGCCUCCCCUGUUGGCCUCUUCACCACCCACUGGGGCGUCCCAAUGGUCACAGCGGGUGCUCCAGCUGUGGCGUUUUACGGUGGAGUCUACCCGUCCAUUACCAACACUGGCCCCACUCACAAGAAGCUCGGCAAGUUCGCCCUGAGGAUCUGCGAGCACUUUGGGUGGCGGGAACACGUGAUGCUCAUGUUCAAUGAUAACAAGGAGGAUGACCGGCCGUGUUACUUCGCUGUGGAGGGUUUGUACACGGAACUGAAGAACAUCAACAUUUCCCUUGUCGACAGGGUGUUUGAGGAGAACAAACUGCCCAUAAACUACUCCCAAAUCCUCGCUGACGUUCAGAACGACGGCCGAGUGAUGUUCGUGUGCUGCUCCCCAGACGUCUUCAGGAGGCUGAUGGUCGAGUUCAGGCGUGCAGAUCUUCCUCAUGAGCAGUACGUCUUCUUCUACAUCGAUGUCUUUGGGGACAGCCUGAACUCUGAACACAGACAGCCGUGGGCGCGCGGAGACGAGGAUGACGCCAUCGCCAAGGAGGCCUUCCAGAGCGUGAAGAUCCUGACGUACCGAGAACCUCAGAACCAGGAGUACAAGCACUUUGUGAGGAACCUGAAGAGUGACGCACUGACAAUGUUCAACUACACCAUCACGGACUCGCUGAUGAACAUCAUAGCUGGAGGUUUUUACGACGGUUUGAUGCUCUACACUCACGCUCUGAAUGAAUCCAUGGCGCUGUACGGCGGCAGCCGCCCUCCAGGGAAAGUGGUCACCGAGAGGAUGUGGAAUCGGACCUUCCAUGGUGUGACAGGUGUGGUCCAGUUAGACGAGACUGGAGACAGAGAGACGGACUUCGCUCUGUGGGACAUGAUGGACACCAACACCAGCACCUUCCAGAUCGUCCUGGUGUAUAACAGCUCAGAGGAGCAGCUGACCGCCAUCCCAGGAACGUCUCUGCACUGGCUCGGUGGAGUUCACCCUCCUGAUGUCCCCGUCUGCGGCUUUAAGGGCGACAACCCCAUCUGCCUCACGAAGACGAUCACCAUUCACCAGAUGAUCUCCAUCAUACUCUUCUUCAUCUUCAUGAUGACCCUCAUCGUAGCCAUCUUCAUCUACAGGAGGAUGAAGCUGGAGAAGGAGCUGGUGGCUCAGCUGUGGAGGAUCACCUGGGACGACAUCCAAAUGAGCAACAUAGACAAAGUUCUGCGGAGCGGCAGCAGGAUCACGCUGUCACUGAGAGGCUCUAACUACGGUUCCCUGAUGACCGCAGAUGGAAACCUGCAGGUUUUUGCAAAGACCGGAUACUAUAAGGGCAACAUCAUGGCCAUCAAAUACGUCAGCAAGAAACGCAUCGAGCUGAACAGGAAGGUCCUGUUUGAACUCAAACAUAUGAGAGACGUUCAGAACGAGCAUCUCACCAGGUUCAUUGGAGCGUGCAUCGACCCUCCAAACACGUGCAUCAUCACAGAGUACUGUCCCAGAGGAAGUCUGCAGGACAUCCUGGAGAACGACAGCAUCACUCUGGACUGGAUGUUCAAAUACUCUCUCAUCAAUGACAUCGUAAAGGGCAUGGUUUUUCUACACAACAGCGUUAUUGUCUCUCAUGGGAAACUCAAGUCGUCUAACUGUGUGGUUGAUAACCGCUUCGUCCUGAAGAUCACAGACUACGGUUUAUCCAGCUUCAGAUCUGACAGUGACUCAGGAAAAGACGCUCAUGCGUAUUACGCUCAGAGGCUGUGGAUGGCUCCGGAGCUGCUCCGGAUGGACUCUCCUCCUCCUCAGGGGACGCAGAAAGGAGACGUGUACGGCUUUGGUAUCAUCCUCCAGGAGGUGGCGCUGCGCAGAGGAGCCUUUUACUUGGAGGGGGAACCACUCAGCCCUAAAGAGAUUGUGGACCGGGUGAUUCUGGGCGAGUGGCCGUGCCUCAGACCGACGUUGGACACUCAGAGUCACAGUCCUGAGAUGGGUCAGCUGAUGCAGCGCUGCUGGGCUGAGGAGCCGACAGAGAGACCCGAGUUCAACCACAUCCAAGUGCUGCUGCGCAAACAGAACAAGGAGUCGAGGACAAACAUCCUAGACAACCUGCUGUCUCGUAUGGAGCAGUACGCCAACAACCUGGAGGAGCUGGUUGAGGAGCGAACUCAAGCUUACCAUGAGGAGAAACGCAAGGCUGAAGCUUUACUCUACCAAAUACUACCACAUUCUGUAGCUGAGCAGCUGAAGCGAGGAGAGACAGUUCAAGCGGAGGCCUUUGACUCCGUCACCAUCUACUUCAGCGACAUCGUUGGUUUCACCGCCAUCUCUGCAGAGAGCACGCCCAUGGAGGUGGUGACUCUGCUGAAUGAUCUCUACACAUGUUUUGACGCCAUCAUCGAUAACUUUGAUGUUUACAAGGUGGAGACCAUCGGUGAUGCCUACAUGGUGGUUUCAGGGCUCCCUGUCAGGAACGGGAAGCUGCAUGGCAGAGAGAUUGCUCGGAUGGCGCUCGCCCUGCUGGAGGCCGUGAGAACCUUCAGGAUACGACACCGAGCUGGAGAGCAGCUGAAGCUGAGGAUAGGAAUACACAGCGGUCCGGUGUGUGCAGGUGUGGUGGGUCUGAAGAUGCCGCGUUACUGUCUGUUUGGAGACACUGUCAACACGUCGUCUCGUAUGGAGUCUACGGGAGAAGCGUUGAAGAUCCAUGUGUCUGCGGCGACUCGCGUUGUCCUCCUGGAGUUUAACUGCUUCCAGCUGGAGCUGAGAGGAGAGAUCGACAUCAAGGGCAAAGGAAAGAUGACCACUUAUUGGCUACUGGGAGAGAGUGACAGCCAAUGACGUCACAGCAGCCAGGAGGACGAUUGAGGACAGACGUGAGGAGACAAAUGCGAGGAAUGAUAGAGAGGGAAACAGAAAGGAAAGAGAGGUAAGAAUAGAUAAGAAAGACAGAGAAAUAAAGAACAGAGGAAGUCAACGAGGGCACAAGGGACAAGAAAUGGUCAUCCUCCAGCCGGCCGUCACUUCCUGGAUGCUUUUUAGACGUCAAACUUUUCAACACAGAGAGGAAACUUCUCAAACAUUCACAUGAAGAAAUAGCCUGCAAAAAAAUAAAACAAAUAAGAGACAGAAAGUGCAAACUAAACACUGUCAUGGAUGAUAAAGAGAAAGAAGGAUUAUGGUGUCAGAUUUAUUUGUGUUUUUUAAGGCUGACUGAUAGAAACUUGUAUAAAACCAGCAGAACCGGCCUCACAGAAAGCAGGGAAAAUUCCCUGUCUUAACGCUUCUAAGAGAACUUCUCCCCCCCCCCCCGCUGAAACGUCUUUAUAUGUCCUGUUACGGCACCCCGGUAUCGUAUCAGUGUUCUGCUGUUUGAAGGAGCUAGCACCCUUAACCAGAGCAUCAUGGGAGCAAAACCGUUGGUCUCCAUAGUUUUAAAAACACUCAAGAUGAAAUGGAUAAACAUCAACUUUUAGACGCCUGGCUUAGAGAUUUUAAGAGCGGCAUCUUCUUAGACCAGUGGUACUCAACCCGUGGCUCUAGAGCCACAUGUGGCUCUUUUAUGUCCUAAUUUUAAACAUUAUUCCCAUUUUUGCCACUUCAUUUUGACCCUUUUAUCCUGCCUGUCGCAAUUUUUGCCCCUUUUUUGCCUAUUAAAUGCCACUCAUUUUCCUUUGUGCUACUCGCGCAUUUUCCCACCUUUCUUUCUGAUUUUUGCCCAUUUUAGUCAUUUUUCACUACGUCUCUGCCACUUAUGGACCAUUUUUGCCACCUUUAACUAAUUUAUUGCCACUUUUCACCCAUUUUUGCCA